UGGAGAAUCAAUCAAAAAUUACGUCCAUGAAAAAUAAUAUGCAGGGUUAUAUUUUAUCAUUAAUUGUAAUCAAUUUUUAUUAUAAUGGCAUUUAUACACAUCAAUAACGGCUGUAGUUGACUCACUAUUUCGAAUUUUGAUAUGGCUAGUUCAAAAUCUAAUAAUCAUAAUCUUACUCAUAUGGGGCUCUCUGAUUUUAGUCCCAUUGAAGAUGACUUUUUAGAUGAAGUAGAGGAUGAACCUAUUUUUAAUCCUAGCGAUUUACAAGCCAUUAAAAAACGUAUAUUUUGGGCCUCACAAAAUGAUAGAUUGGAUGUUUUAGAAGAAAUUUUAGAUGAUCCCGAUUUAUGCGGAAUAUUAAAUUCGACAAUUGACGAAGACGGUUAUACUCCUCUGCACAGAGCAUGCUACAAUGGACACAAAAGAAUAGUUAAAUAUUUACUUGAAAAGGGUGCCAAUAUUCGAGCUAAAACUAAAGAAGGCUGGGAGCCGAUACACUGUGCUAGUUUUUGGUCAAAUUACGAAUGUUUGAACGCCUUAUUAAACCAUAGCCCUAACGUCGACAAAUUGAAUGACGUUUUUAAACCAGUUCAAAUAUAUUCUAGUUGUCCCAUAAAUUUGGAAGAUAAAAAUACUAAUAAUAAUGAACAUCACCAGAACCAAAUUGAAACCAAUGAGAUCAAAAUAAUAAAAACUUUAUCAUCAACCCCUAUUAUAUCGGAAACCAACUCCAAUCGUGUAUAUACUAGCGGUGAUAUUAAUACCAUAUUGAAUAACAAACUUAAAUCAUUAAAGAUUGAUAAAAACACUGCAAAUUAUAAUGUCCCUGAAUCGAUGUCCCAAAAAAUUAUGACUGGCAAAAAUUCCAAUUCCCUUUUAUCAAAUAUCGAUGAAGUUACUAUUGAUCAUAUAUUUGAAAACCAUAUAGACCCAUCUACAUUUGUUCAUUUGUACGAUCAAUGUAUGGUAAAUUCUUUAACUAAAGGUGGUUUAACGCCAUUACACCUUGCUUGCCAAAAUAGCGCCUCAAGACAGACUCUGGAAAUAUUAUUGUUUCACCCAUUCAUUAAUAUUAAUAUCCGUACCCCUAUGGGCGAUAGUGCUAAAGAUAUUGCUCUUAGGAGAUGUCCUAAGGCUUCGUAUUUAUUUGAAAUGUUUGAACCAUCACUAACGACCAUAUAAAUCACUUAUUAGCAUUAUUUAUGUUGAUUUAUAAAAAAUAUAUAUAUUUAAUUUUUAAUGUAAUAAAUCAAGCUUCAUUUUGUAAACUUAAUAAUAUUUAAAAUAAUAUAGUAUUUUACUAAUGCUCCAUGUUAUUGAUUUUAGGCAGAUCUACUUUUGUAUCGGUAUUAGCCAAAACUUUGAAUUUUAACCCAUACCAAUAAAAAUGGGCUAUCGAUGCAUAUCUUAUUUUAGACUAAUGGUCGCUUAAUUAUCGAAUUAUUGUACUCAUAUCUUCAAAUAUUGCAUUUUACGAUUAUCGAUACCAAAGCUUAAGCUAAAUAAUUAGAAUAUUUACCAUUUUUAUUCUACCCUCAUCAGUAUUAUUUUUGAUCUUGUCAUCCAUGAUCUUCCACUCUCUUUCCAUGAGCUUGUAACUGUGAGACGUGAUUUUAUAUUGAUUUGCCCAGCUCUUUGAAAUCAUUAUUAUUCCUUUUCAGUUCUGGAUUCCUUGCGAAUGACUCUAAGAACACUCCUAAUCCAAUGAACUUAAAUGUUUGACAGAUCAAUUAAAAAAACUUAUACCGCUUUAUUUUUUUAAAAUUUCAAAUACAUCUACCAAACUUCUUUAUUAUCAUAUAUAUGUACGAUUUUUCUUUUAAAAUCUCUGCAAUAUUUCCGUUUUUUUACGAUGUUUAAAGGUAAUAAUCAUACCCUACU